GUAAGCACAACUCUUUUAAAAGAAUAAACAACCUUGUUUUAUAUUAUUUCUGCUUACUAUUACUAUUUGACAUCCACCCUAAUGGCAACCCUUGUCACAACAAAGGAAGAGAAUCCAACCAAAGUAAUAGAAACCCAAAUCACAACAAAACAGGAUAAACACUUAAAAGUGGAAAUCCUAAACAAAACCUAUGUUAAGCCUCAAAAGCCACUAGGAAGAAAAGAGUGUCAAUUGGUCACAUUUGAUCUUCCUUACAUAGCCUUUUACUACAACCAAAAAUUGAUGAUCUAUAAAGGGGGGGUUGAUGAGUUUAAUGAUAUUGUGGAGAAACUAAAAGAUGGGUUAAGUGUAAUUUUGGAAGAGUUUCAUCAAUUGGCUGGAAAAUUGGACAAAGAUGAUGAUGGUGUGUUUAAGGUGGUGUAUGAUGACGAUACGAAUGGAGUGGAGAUGGUGUCUGCUGUUGCUGAAGACACCGAAAUCGGAGAUUUGAUGGGCGAGGAAGGGACCAUCAAGCUCAAGGAUUUAGUUCCUUAUAAUGGUGUUUUAAACUUGGAAGGUCUUCAACGUCCACUUCUAUCAAUUCAGAUAACCAAGCUUAAAGAUGGGCUUGUAAUGGGCUGUGCAUUCAACCAUGCGAUAUUAGACGGUACUUCCACAUGGCACUUCAUGAGCUCAUGGGCCCAAAUAUGUACCGGCUCCAAAUCCAUUUCCGUUCAGCCUUUCCUUGACCGUACCCAAGCGCGUAACACCCGCGUGAAGCUCGACCUCACACCUCCCGCCCAAACUAACGGCCAUUCAAACGGCGACUCAACUCCGUCACCACCGCCGUUGAGAGAAAAAAUCUUCAGAUUCUCGGAAUCGGAAAUCGAAAAAAUCAAGGCAAAAAUCAACGCAAAUCCGCCAGAGGGAUCCACAAAACCGUUUUCAACAUUCCAGUCACUCUCAACACACAUAUGGCAUGCCGUCACGCGCGCGCGUGAGCUUAAACCAGAAGACUACACUGUUUUCACUGUGUUCGCUGAUUGUAGGAAGCGCGUGGAUCCACCAAUGCCUGACAGUUACUUCGGGAACUUAAUUCAGGCGAUCUUCACCGUCACCGCCGCCGGAUUGUUGGUGGCGAGUCCGCCAGAAUUUGCGGCAGGGAUGAUCCAAAAAGCGAUUGAUAUGCAUGAUGCGAAAGCGAUUGAGGCGCGUAACACUGAAUGGGAAAGUAAUCCCAUAAUAUUUCAGUAUAAGGAUGCAGGUGUUAAUUGUGUAGCGGUUGGAAGUUCACCACGGUUUAAGGUUUAUGAUGUUGAUUUCGGGUUUGGUAAACCCGAAAGUGUGAGGAGCGGGGCGAAUAAUCGGUUUGAUGGAAUGGUUUAUUUGUAUCAAGGAAAGAGUGGUGGAAAGAGUAUUGAUAUUGAGAUUAGUUUGGAAGCAAAGGCAAUGGAAAACCUUGAAAAGGAUAAGGAAUUCUUAAUGAUCCAAGAUUAAUUAAACCAUCAAAUUGGAUUAUCGAUUGAUGAAUUUCGGUUUGAAGAAUAAGUUUGUUUAAUUGGAAGAUGGGAUCGCAUUAGUUUGGUUUGAUUAAGAUUGUUAAAUAAGGGGUUUUAAUUUCAGUUUUAAGAUGUUAUGAAGAUGUUGUUAUUUUGGGGAUGAAACUAUGGGAAUGUUUUGUGGAAUUUAUUUGUAGGUUUAAAAUGUGGUUAAGUUUAUAUGUGUAUGUAUGUAUGGUUGUAGUUGUCUCUUUUGUUCGUUGAUUCAAUGUUAAGUCGUUUAUUGGCAUUUAUUGUGGUUGGAUAAUUUGAUAAUGUUUCGAGUAA